AUGCCAAGAGGUGGAAGCAGUUUGUGGCGAAUCGUGUUGCAGAGGUGCAAGAAAAAGUCAAAUCCGAAUGAAUGGUUUUAUUGUCCAUCGGCAGAUAACCCAGCAGAUUUGCUCACUAGUGGAUACUCAAUAGAGGAUUUGAUAUCCAGUCAAGACUGGUCGUAUAGGCCCAACUGGUUGUUGCAGAAUUGUAAUUAUUGGCCGGAAAAAUCAGUCAGGCAAUCGCAGGAUGUGGGUAAUUCAGAAAUAUUGAGGGAGCAAAAGGCAAAUUCGAUUGUUUGUUUUGUAGUUAAGGUGGAGGUUAUCGAGGAGCUUAGGAAUAAAAUUUCAGCUUGGAGUAGAUUGCAGAGUGUGGUUGCUUGGUGUUUGAGAUUCGUGGGAAAUAGCAGAAGAAAUAGUGUUCCGCCACCCUAUUUGGAACGUUUGGAGUUGAAAGAGUCGCAUGAUAGGAUUAUACAUUUGGUUCAGAAGGUUGGAUUUUCGACCGAAAUUUCCGUACUAGAGAAAGGAAAUGUGUUGAGUGCAGGUAAAUUGAUUCAGCUUAAUCCAUUUUUGGAUAGUAAAGGACUUCUCAGGGUUGGGGGAAGAAUUGGAAACUCCAGUUUGCCAGCGAGUGUAAAACAUCCUUUGAUAUUACUAAAACAGCAUCCAGUAACAACUAUGAUUAUAAAACUGUAUCAUUUAAAUUAUCUUCAUGCAGGAGUUCAAUCAGUUCAUUCUGCAAUUAGACAGGUCAAUUGGAUUUUCGGAGCCAGAUCAUCCAUAAGAAAAAUCGUGAGAAACUCUGUCAUCUGUGCGCGGUUUCGUGCAGAAUUCCGGAGGCAAAUAAUGGGCGACUUGCCUGCGUUCCGUGUCUUACCAGGUAGAGCGUUCCUGAGAGCCGGUACAGAUUUUUGUGGACCAUUUAUGUUCACUCCUCGUCUUAGAAAUGAUGUGAGACCCGUGAAUAUGUACGUCUGCGUCUUCGUUUGUUUCAUCACGAAAGCGGUUCACCAGGAAGUCGUUAGUGCCAUGAGUACUGAUGCGUUUCUUGCAUCUUUCAAGCGCUUCGUUGGACGCAGGGGGAAACCCCCCGAUAUAUUCAGUCAUAGUGGGCCAAUUUCGUCGGGGCUAAACAUGUGCUGA